AUUAGAGUGAUUUAUAAUGAUUGGAUGGCAGAAGAAGUAAAGACUCUGACACCUACUGUGGCAUGGGAGGCAAUUGAUCCACAACUUAUUCAGCAUUCUUUUAAAUAUUGCGGUAUAUCUGUUGUUAUGGAUAGGUUAAAAGAAAACCUGAUUUUUGACUAUGAUAGAGUUGAGAUAACAAAAUUGCGAACAAGUAAUUAUAUUUAUGACAAUGACGAAGGUGGUGAUGAUGAAGGUGACGAUGAUGGUGAUAACGAAGAUGAUGAUGAUGGUGAUAAUAAAGGUGAUGAUGAUGGUGAUAACGAAGAUGAUAAUGAUGGUAAUGAUAAGGGUGGCAAUGAUAAUGAUAAGGGUGGAGAUGAUAAUUUUGAAGAAGGAUCAAGUACCCAAAAAGAGAAGAUGAUUAAUAUAGAAUUUUUAGAACCCUAUAUAGAAACAGAAAAUUUAGAGGAAUUUGAGAGUUAUUAUACAUCCCAAGAAAUGA